ACACACUCAUCGAAAAAAAAAAUUGGAUUAUUAGAAGAGAGAGGUCUGUGGCUUCCACACCGUGGUUUUUCUUCUCGGUAUAAAAGCAAAGUUGUUUUUGAUAUGUGACAGUUUCCCACAAGCCAGGCUGAUCCUUUUCUGUCAGUCCACUUCACCAAGCCUGCCCUCGGACAAGGACCCAAUGCCCAACCCCAGGCCAGCCAAGCCCUUGGCUCCUUCCUUGGUACUCAGCCCAUCCCCAGGAGCCUUGCCCAGCUGGAGGGCUGCACCCAAGGCCUCAGACCAGCUGGGAGCCAAGGGCCCAGGGACAACCUUCCAGGGCCGGGACCUGCGAGGUGGGGCUCACGCCUCCUCUUCCUCCUUGAACCCCAUGCCACCAUCGCAGCUGCAGCUGCCCACAGUGCCCCUCGUCAUGGUGGCACCCUCUGGAGCACGGCUGGGUCCCUCGCCCCACUUGCAGGCACUCCUCCAGGACAGGCCACACUUUGUGCACCAGCUCUCAACGGUGGAUGCCCAUGCCCGGACCCCUGUGCUGCAGGUGCGCCCACUGGACAGCCCAGCUAUGAUCAGCCUCCCGCCACCCACUGCUGCUACGGGGGUCUUCUCCCUCAAGGCCCGGCCCGGCCUGCCACCUGGGAUCAACGUGGCCAGCCUGGAAUGGGUGUCCAGGGAGCCAGCACUGCUCUGCACCUUCCCAAGCCCCGGUGUGCCCAGGAAGGACAGCACCCUUUCAACCAUGCCCCAGGGCUCCUACUCACUGCUAGCAAAUGGUGUCUGCAAGUGGCCCGGAUGUGAGAAGGUCUUCGAGGAGCCAGAGGACUUCCUCAAGCACUGCCAGGCAGACCAUCUCCUGGAUGAGAAGGGCAGGGCGCAGUGUCUCCUCCAGAGGGAGGUGGUGCAGUCUCUGGAGCAACAGCUGGUGCUGGAGAAGGAGAAGCUGGGUGCUAUGCAAGCCCACCUGGCUGGGAAGAUGGCCCCAACCAAGGCCCCAUCCACGGCAUCAUCCGACAAGGGCUCCUGCUGUAUCGUAGCCACUGGCACCCCGGGCACCACUGUCCCAGCCUGGCCUGGUCCCCAAGAGGCCCCUGAAGGCCUGUUUGCUGUGCGGAGGCACCUCUGGGGCAGCCAUGCAAACAGCACGAUCCCAGAGUUCUUCCACAACAUGGACUACUUCAAGUUCCACAACAUGCGGCCCCCUUUCACCUAUGCCACCCUCAUCCGCUGGGCCAUCCUGGAGGCUCCCGAGAAGCAGCGGACACUCAACGAGAUCUAUCACUGGUUCACACGCAUGUUCGCCUUCUUCAGAAACCACCCUGCCACCUGGAAGAACGCCAUCCGCCACAACCUGAGCCUGCAUAAGUGCUUCGUGCGCGUGGAGAGUGAGAAGGGGGCCGUGUGGACCGUGGAUGAGUUUGAGUUCCGCAAGAAGAGGAGCCAGAGGCCCAGCAGGUGUUCCAACCCCACACCCGGCUCCUGACCUCAAAGCCAAGGAAAGAAGGAAGGACAGGGGCCAAAACGGGGGAGUAGAAGUGGCUGGAGGCAGGGGUGACCGGCCCUGAACGUGCCUGCAGGGACCAAGAAGUAAGGUGUGCACCAUCUUGCUGGCCAGGGACCCUGCUCCCCCAGCUGACCACCCUCCUGGAUCACAUGCUCUGCACCAAGGCUGCUCAGAGGGACCUCGGCCCCAACCCCACACCCCCACCCCAGCCCCCUGCGACCAGCUCUCCAGCCAAACUGAGCCUUCACAACCGACCACACACACAGCCUGCCUCAGUCGCUCUCACAGAUGACCUUAGGGCUGGAAAGGACACAGAGAGUCGCAAUCCUGUCCCUUGGACUCAAUACAAACCCUAAAACACGAAGAGCCUGCCUCAGUACACUCACACCACCUCAAAUCCGCAGUCACACAGUCACACCCGAGCACAGUCCUGUCAACCCACAUGCCCCAAAGCACACACCCGUAGCCAGCUUCCAGGCCCACAGGUGCAGUGUCACACAGGGCAUGCCCAGACACCCGCACAGAAGCAGCCUCGGUACCUUCAGGAUCUCAGGUCCCAGAAAGCCACACAGACACAUGCUGGUCACACAC